AUGGACUCCCCAGUCUGGUUCAUCACUGGAGCCUCCUCAGGCUUCGGACUUGCCAUUGCCAAGGAAGCCCUCGCCCGCGGCCAUCGUGUCAUUGCCACGGCCCGCAACCCAUCUAAGCUUUCCGAGCUCGCCUCUGCCGGCGCCGACCUCCUACCCCUAGAUGUCACUGCCGAUGAGGCUACAGUCACGGAGACAGUCAACAAGGCCUUCGCUCUCCAUGGCAGGGUCACCCAUGUCAUCAACUCAGCCGGCUACAUCCUCGACGGCGCCAUCGAGGAGGCCAACGCCCAGGAAGUCUUUGAUCAUUACAACACUAAUGUCUUCGGCACCCUCAAGGUCUGCCGUGCCGCGGCCCCGCACCUCCGCGCCCAGGGCUUCGGCGCUGUCGCCAACAUUGGCAGUAUCGGCAGCUGGGCCGGUGGCGCGGCCGUCGCGCUUUACUGCUCCACCAAGGCCGCCGUCAGCAUCCUUACCGAGGGCUUCGCCGACGAGAUGAAGCCAUUCGGUGUUGACGUGUGUAUCCUUGAGCCUGGCUACUUCCGCACGGGGUUCCUCAAUGCUGGGGCCCGCACUACGGCCAAGCAUGUCGUCGAUGCGUACAACGUGGGCCCGGCGGGAGAUUACAAGAAGCUGCUUGAAGUCGCCAACAACAACCAGCCUGGUGAUCCGAUCAAGGGGGCCCGCGUUGUGGUGGAUGUAUUGACCAAGUCUGGGGCUGCUGAGGGGCGGGAAAUUCCAGUCAGGUUGCUCUUGGGCACCGACUGUCUAGCCGGGGUUCGCGCAAAGUGCAAGGAUACUAUGGCUCUGCUGGAUGAGUGGGAACCCGUCUCUGCCUCUACCGACUUCUAG